AUAGAGCGGGUAUUUACCAGUCAACACGUACUUGUUUUACUGGCGCACCGGGUACCAUGCAGUAUGUAGCACAGGACCUGUCCAGUGCUCGGGAGUGGGGGAACGCCCGGACGUGGGCUUCUUGGAUGUCUGGGCGGGACUGGCAGGGCAACUUCUUCGGGACUCUGGACGAUGGCUUGCUGGCGCGUGCCGAGGCUCUGGCUGCAGUGGAGCUACCCAAGGGUCCGUCCGCCCAGCUGAUGAAGCCCGACGGUCUGUACGGCCACACCCCGGACCUGACCCCACACCAGAUGGCGAGCUCCCGCCAGCAGAUGAGCAUGCACACCCACGGGGGGCCGUUCGCGCCGUCCGACUCCAUGCUGGAUCAGCUCACGGGAAGCGUGCCCAUGUCCCUGGGACCCAUGACCACCAUGUCGAUGAACGACAACCACAACAACAACAACAUGUCCAGCAUGCACGGCCACACCCACCAGAUGUACCCGCCCGUAUACAGCCACCCCAACACCAUGAGCAACCACCCUAGCUUCGCCGCGCACCACGCGGCCAUGCACCAGGUGCACGACACCGACUGCGACCCCAGGGAACUGGAAGGAUUCGCUGAGAGGUUCAAGCAGAGGAGGAUCAAGCUGGGAGUCACGCAGGCAGACGUCGGGUGCGCCCUGGCCAACCUCAAGAUCCCGGGAGUGGGCUCCCUCAGCCAGAGUACCAUCUGCAGGUUUGAGUCCCUGACCCUCAGUCACAACAACAUGAUCGCGCUGAAGCCUAUUCUCCAGGCGUGGCUGGAAGAGGAGGAGAAGGCGGCCAGGGACAGAAAGGCCGAUGCCGAGAUGAUGGCACACGGGGACAAGAAGAGGAAGCGAACCUCGAUCGCGGCGCCGGAGAAGCGAUCUUUGGAGGCCUACUUCGCCGUUCAGCCGCGUCCUUCUGGAGAAAAGAUCGCACAGAUCGCCGAGAAACUGGACUUGAAGAAAAAUGUGGUGCGAGUGUGGUUCUGUAAUCAAAGGCAAAAACAGAAAAGGAUGAAAUUCUCAGCAGCUACAGGUGCUUUGGUUCAUCACUGACAGUUUUUCGUUUGUUCGUGAUUCACAGCUGUUUCGUCUCAUCCGUGAUCCAAUAUCGUCUGAAUAACAAAACAAUUGGCAAUAUAUAUCAGCUGAUCUAUGUGUCCUCUGAUUUUACAACUAACAGUGUCAGUUGAUAUAUGACAGUGUCGUCUGAUUUUACAACUAACAAAUAUCAGUUGAUAUAUGACACUGUCAUCUGAUUUUACAACUAACAGCAUCAGUUGAUAUAUGAAAGUGUCGUCUGAUUUUACAACUAACAGUAUCAGUUGAUAUAUGACACUAUCAGCUGAUUGUACAACCAACAGUAUCAGUUGAUAUAUGACAGUGUCGUCUGAAUUUACAACUAACAAAUAUCAGUUGAUAUAUGACAGUGUCGUCUGAUUGCAUAACUAAUAAUAUCAGUUGAUAUAUGACAGUGUCGUCUGAUUUUACAACUAACAAAUACCAGUUGAUAUAUGACAGUGUCGUCUUAUUUACAACUGACAAUGUCAUUGAGUUGAUGGCAGUGUCGUCUGACUGACAGUGUUGUCAUGGUGAUACUGUGUGUGUCGUCCCGCCGUGCGAAUCAUCCUGGGAUAAGAAAAACACUUUUUUUCAUUGUGCAAUGUUCGCUUUCUCAGGAAUUAUUCGCCCAUGUUUGGUUUGGGGUUUUUUUGGAAAGAAAUUGGACAUGUUCUGACAGUAAGUAAGUGCAGACGUCAAAGCCGUAUUUGGCGGGAAAUAAUGGCAAUUAUUCUUGCUUAGACGUUCACCCGUCGCUUGUUGCGAUGACGAAGUGUGCGUGCGAGUGUACGUGAUCUCACAGGUAUUAAUGUGUUGUGAUUUGAAAUGUGUACAUACAUGUAUAACGCGUGAAAUUUUACAUUGUUAAUUUUCUAUUUUAUGUUACAAAAUUUUAUUUAUUUAUUUAUUUAUUAUGUAUUUAUUUAUUACUUUAUUUAUUUAUGUGAAAUUUUCACUUCGUUUAUUAAUUAAGGAAUAUGUUAAAGAUUAUCAUCAUUAUCAUUACAAAAUGAGUUUAUUUGCUAUAUCACAUUCCAAAAAAAAAAAAUAAAAAAAAUUUGUUAAUUAUUCUAGUUUGACUUGAUGUAAAAGGAAAAGGAAAAUUGUUUUGGAAAUAACAAAAAUGUUCUAUUUUAAGAGCAAAUUGUAAAACCAUUAGUCAGAAUAUUAAUAAUGCAGCAGUAUUCACCCAUAACGAAGAACGUCGUCUGCUAAUGGAGUAUAAUAUUCUUCUUUUUUUUCUUUCUUUUAUUUAUCCUUCAAACAUGAAAACACGGAUCUGUAAGUAGUAGAGACACAUUAACAAAAGAACAGUCGAAUACAGAAUUUAAUAGAAUAAACUAAUCAAGAAAAUAUAAUUUCAAAAUCUAUGAGCAGACGACAUUCUUCACUCUGGGCGAUUCUUGCUAUUUUAUUUAUAUCUUGACCAAUGCUUUAACAAACUGUACAUAAAAAUAGAAAAUUGUUGCUAUUUCCAUAACAGUUAUAUAUUUUCUUUAAAUGUCAAACCAAACUGGAAUUAUUGCCUCCCAAAUUUAAAAAAAAAAAGUUAAAUUAUUAUUAUAGGUAUAAAUGCAUUCUGUUCUAAAUGAAAUAUUUGACUGAACAAGACAUUAACGUAAUCUACACGAGUGCUCCCAAGGAAUACUCAAUGUACGCAUAUAACGAACUUCUUGUAACUAAUGUUAAGUACUGUCAAUAGCAUUAAUGAUAUUUACACGUGUCCAGACAGAUAUACAAUAAAAAAAAAAAAGACAAAGGAAUAUUAAAACAAUUAGAAAAUAGAGAAAUAAAGGAUGAUGAAAAUAUUAUUAAUUACAUGUGGACAUCUCUAAAUAUGUUUUAAUUGGUAAAAUACCCCAUUUAUGCCUUAAAUAUCUAGUUAAAUAUAUGUAAAUUUUCUGUUUUAACUAAACGAGAAAUUAUUUUUGAUUCUAUGUUCAAAACAUCCAUUCUGGUACUACAUCUAGAUAUUGUAAUUCUAUAAACGAAUACAUUCCAUGUGAUUUAAUAUAGCAUGACGCCCUUUGGUUUUCAAAACUACAAGAACAUAGGAUAUACAUGUUUUAUUUUGACUAUUAUUUAAGCUUUAUUGUUAUUUGACUGUAUUUCUACAAGUGCUCAGUGUAAGUGUCACUGCACUGUGUUUUCUCAUAUCGUGCAAUAUUUGACAUAAUCAUCAUUUGCUUGUGCCAUUCAUCAUGGCUAGAAUUUGGAAUAAAUAUUUCAAAACUACA